AUAUGCGUCACGACUGGGUAUUUUCUCUGGUGACUAGCUUACAUCAGUAGGUCUCCUAACAUACGCUCUAUCAGCGAGUGCCUCCUGAUUGAUGGGAGUCUCGCCCGCCGAUUACGACCCCGGACGAUGGGCUGCCAGAGCACUGACUCCGAGGGACGCUGCAGAUGACUGGAGAUGUGGUACGGGGAUCUGAUACAGACAGUGGUCCGCUCCGUCUCUCAACCCUGGCCGAAGGGUCCCUCUGAUCGUCACAGGCGUGGGCCCAAGGCUGAGAGAGACCCGGGGAGACGCCCUUGAAGGAAGCUGGGUGCAGAGUGAAGCUUCCCCAUUGGGGGGCCCUUCCUGUUUUACACCACUGGUGAUGUAAAGGCAAAGAGUUGAGAAAACCAGGAGAGAAACAGGUCAAAAUUCUUCAUAUCAAAUCAAUUGAAAAUUGGAAGGAAUUAAACUGAUUGCAACCUGAGAAUGUUGAGAACAUUUCACAAGUUAUAAAUGAUCUGAUGCUUAUGACAGACAUUUUGGAAAUACGUAAGACGUGGAAAAACACACAUGUAAAGUGAACAUGGAAGGACAUGGAAUCUAGAAACCACAAGUGUGGCACAGAUAUCUAUCUAUGUCGAUAACGUUUUAACGGACACGACCAUUGAAGAUACGGAUAGAAAACAAAACAGGAAAUAUGGAGCCGCUGGAAUCUGCUGCUGGUCCAAAGGGUACCAAGAUGUCCCGGGAGAAAACUCCACUACAGAGGAAGUGGGUCUCAGAUCCCACCUCUGGCACGAAAAGAAGUACUUUCCCUGACCUGGAAGGAAAAAGGCAUCCGCACCGAGAAGGUCCCCCCAUUGGUGGUGGGGAUGGUGCCUGUGGGAUCACCGGCUCGGCACAAAAGUACAGCUCCCAGAAGCACCUGUCCUCAACAGCUGGCCAGUUGUCACAAGACAGUCCAUACCCUCCGCUUUUCGCUAACACAUAUGCCUACCCAUUGCCACAUCAGUAUCCACAACAGCCCAUCCAAGAAAGGUACCUGUCGGGGGCGAAGCCACAGCCUGGCAUAGAGGCUCACGGCUGGCCCUUCGCCAACCGCCUGACCUCACUCACCUCAGACGACCUUUUCUCCGCUCACUCACGUGGACAUGCCGGGGUCUUCCCACGCAGGAAGUCUCCAAGUUUACCUGCCUCGUUUAGCCAGUAUUCCCAGACAGGGAUCGAGCCGCCGGAGGAAUCGCAUAAAAAGGAACAGAAGCCCAAGAAGCCUGGGAAGUACAUCUGUCAUUAUUGUGGAAGGGCUUGUGCUAAACCCAGCGUGCUGAAGAAGCACAUCCGGUCGCACACUGGCGAACGCCCCUACCCAUGUGUUCCCUGUGGUUUUUCCUUUAAAACCAAAAGCAACCUGUACAAACACAGAAAAUCUCAUGCCCAUGCCAUUAAAGCAGGGCUGGUGCCCUUUUCAGAACUGGCAGCUACACGCGCAGAUAUGGAUCAAGCGUCCUCAGUGGGGGAGGCGGAGGUGCACUCGGAUGGUGAGCAAAGUACAGACACGGAUGAGGAGACCGGCGAAGGCUCAAUGUAUUUGGACAAGGCUAGCCCUCUCCCACAAAUAUCAUUCGAAGCUGAGAAAAGCACAAUAGAUAAGGGCAAUGAACCGGCCUACGGAGACCCAGCUGAGGAGCAGGCUGUUGGCUCCAUGAAAGUGCCUAUCUUGAUUGUUCCAAAACAGGGCAUUCCAUCCGCAGCCAUGGAGUGUCCCCCGUUCACAGACAUGGAAGCCCCUCCCAUCGGUGCUCAUAGUGGAAACCGAGUGGAUGAAUCUCAUACCAACAAGCAGAAGCUCGUCCUAAAACUUACUGAGAAAAAGGACUCUGAGCCUUCCUUAAACCUGCUGAGCCCACACAGCAAAGGUAGCACGGACUCCGGAUACUUCUCACGCUCUGAGAGUGCUGAGCAACAGAUCAGCCCACCCAACACCAAUGUAAAGUCCUACGAGGAGAUCAUGUUUGGGAGGACUUGGUAUUACAGGCCUAACUCCAGACCACGGCAGUCACUGACAGUAGGAAUGGCAGCUGUCCCUGGCCAAGACUCCAGUACAAUUGACUUAAAUGAAAAAACUGGUGGCAUGCUUGACUUGGGCAUGAGCAAGAUUUCUGAGGAUCAUAUCGGUCAUCUCUUCUUGAAGGAUGAAAACGCCAUGAAGCUAAAUCCCAAUGUUUUUUUCAGGGGUGAAAGUACAGCCCCGCAGAUUGUUACUGGUUGUGAGCCGAAACAGUACACCACAAGUAGCACAGGCCACCUGGAAGCACCAUCUGAUUCAGGGCCACUCAUAAGGAGCAACUCAAUGCCAACGUCCUCCCCGACAACUCUCAAUGUACCUCAAGCUCUUAGAGUGAGCCACUCCUUUGAUGAGAUGAUUACCUCUGAUGAUGUCUUCUACCCAGGUUCAGCAGGUCUCAGAAGGCUCAGGAGGCAGGCUGCUUUUGAGCAUUCAGCGCAUGAAGGGCAUGCAGAAUCUGAGAGCUAUGGAACUGUCCCCAAAAAUACCGCUCUUCCUUAUGGAGCAUUGAAACACGGGGAUCGUGGCUCUGGGUUAGAUCUGUCUGAUAUGCGCGUGACAUACGGGUUAUAUGGUACUAAAAUAGGAAUGACAGAACCGGCCACCAGGAAGCGAAGGAAGGAGAAGAGUGUUGGGGAGGAAGAAGACUGCUCUGUUCAGUAUGGAAGUGACCAUAGUGGCUCUGUUGAAACGCUUGUGUCACUUGGGGACUAUGAUUCAAGGCAAGCUAGUCAAGAGAUCUCAAGAGCCACCCCUAUAGGCAGAGGACAGAUGUACAGCUCACAUAGCCAAUCGGAUAGUUUUGAUACUGCUGCUAGUAUGUCUUCAGAAGAUGUGGUGCUUAUCCCGGACGCAGAGCGAAAGGCUGGUGGCAAUGUAAUCUCUGUCAUCCAACACACAAAUUCGUUGAGCAGGCCUAGUUCCUUCGAGAAGUCUGAAUCAAUUGAGCACCCCUGUUUCCAGCAAGACAAACCUUCCAGUCAGUAUUCUGAGCUGUCAGACACAGAAAAUACAGAAGAAAUGCAUAGUCCAGAAUCAAUUCUAAGAUCUGAAAGCAUGGAGCAACAACAGAGCGACAGUGAAUUAGCAGCAUUGCCGCCAACCCAGCAAUACCACAUGCCCCACAAACUGGUACGUCAACCUAACAUCCAAGUGCCUGAAAUCAGAGUGACAGAGGAGCCAGACAAAUCAGAAAAGGAGCCAGAAGUACCAGUUAAGGAACCAGAGAAACACGUGGAAGAAUUCCAGUGGCCACAGAGAAGUGAAACCCUUUCCCAGCUUCCUGCAGAAAAGUUGCCUCCAAAAAAGAAACGCCUGCGCCUGGCUGAACUGGAGCACUCCUCUGGGGAAUCAAGCUUUGAAUCAACCUGCACCAGCCUAUCCAGGAGCCCCAGCCAAGAGAGUAAUCUGUCUCAUAGCUCAAGCUUCUCAAUGUCAUUUGACAGAGAGGAAAGCAUUAAGUCAGUCUCCCCAACUAAGCAAGAUGACUUUGGCAAGCAGUCUGAGUUUUUAACGGUGCCAGGAAGUGGACACUCUCUUUCCAUACCAAGUCAUCACCAGCAGAGGGAGAUGCGGCGCUCUUCCUCAGAACAGGCACCUUGUGCCUUGCCAACAGAGAUCCCUGAAAUACGUAGCAAGUCAUUCGACUACGGCAGCCUUUCCACGUCAUCCAGACAAGGGGAAGUUUACACAAGUGCUUCUGCUAUGAAGGAGCGGAAACGGGGCUACUUGGUGCGGCAGGCAUCCCUGAGUGUCUACCCUGAAACUGUGGUGCAGGAGCAAGGUCUCGAAAUGAGUGUUAAGCAUGAACACUCCGAGAAUGUGCAAGGUAGCCCCCAUAUUUCUGCGUGGCACAGUCCGACUUCAUCAUUGGUUGGUGGUGCCACCGCGGCAGCUACUGAAGUAGCACGGUCAAAGAGGGGUGUGCAGCCAAUACUAGGUCCAUAUCGUAAUCCAUUGCAACACAGCACCAGUGAGGACAGUCAGCAAGAGGGCUACUUGGUCAGCCAGAAAACAUCUCAACAGGGCUCAGAAAGUGAACGUCCUGAACUCCCGAGCCAUGAAGUUAUGCUGUACUCCUCUCAUCAUAGUAGCAUAGCACAGCCUCCCUUUCUGCCAUUUCAACCAGAAUUCUUCUGGAAUCCCGAGUCAUCACAGCGUUACAAACAGCACCUCGCUUUUCAGACACAUCAACUGCAGAAGCUACAUAUCAGGCAGCCCAGUCUGCAGCCGGGUCACCAAAAACCACAUCAACCUCUUCAACUGCAGCUCAUUCAGGAGCAAACUGAUGCAAAAUCUGAUGGUACGAGUAGCCAGAACUAUCAGUACCCCUCACGAGCUGACCCGCAGCAUCUUAGCCAUUUUGCAUCAAAAACAUUUUCCACAAGUACGGUGCUUUUGCAACAAGUUCAACCAGUUUUUGCCACUCAGCCUGCUGGACUGCAGCCCUCACUUCCUGGUAUGUUAGUUCCUGUUAGGAUCCAGACUCACGUGCCAUCCUAUGGUAGUGUUAUGUACACAAGUGUUUCACAGAUCUUGGCUACACAUGGCCAAAGUUCAAGUUCCACAAGGGUCAUUUGUGCAGACAGCGCAAUUACCAACCCAAAGCAUGGAGGUGGAUUGAAUUUAUCUAACAUAUUGGGUCAUCCUGGAGAACUUUUACGUUAUCCCCUCUGGAAAGUUCCUGAGCCCCUGCCAGGGAGAUUGAACACAGGGAUUCCUCUAUCUUUGACCUCUGGAACUAUUUCAACCACGGAUGCUUCUUCAAAUAUUGGUGGAAGUAAACGCAUGCUUUCUCCAGCAAGCAGUCUGGAGCUCUUCAUUGAGACCAAGCAGCAAAAACGGGUUAAAGAUGAAACUAUGUAUGGUCAGAUUGUGAAGGAGCUCAGUGCUGUUGAACUAAGCAAUUCGAGUGUGUCAAAGGACAGUGCUAAGUCACUAAAACCAGACUUUUCAAAGAAUGAUGGCUCACUCGACUACCAAGAGGAGAUGGUGUCACCUCCAUUAGAAUUUUCUUCCUCUAAGUCACCUUUGAAUCCAACCGUGCCUCACAUACCCAAAGUCCCUCCGAAGGACAGUUUCACUCCACCUCUGCAGAUAACAAUGGACAAUCCAGAUGGUAGAGAGUCCCCAGAAGAGCUGGAUGUGGAUGAAUCCACUGCAGAAUCAGGUUCUAGCCCACAGUCAAUGCUCUCUGCCAGUGACACUCAAGAUGAGAUUAAGCUUGCAGCAGGAGGCAAGAUGCCAGUGAACAUGUUGGUGCAGCUUGCUGCCAAUCACGGAGGGGGUGUGGUGGGAAGCUCUCUCCUGCUCACUGACCUCGCUGACGUUCAGCAGUUCUUUCAGUUCCCAAGUCUCCGAACGACCACCAGUGUCAGCUGGUGCUUCCUGAACUACACCAAGCCAAAUUUUGCACAGACAACCCCUCUUACCUCUGUCUAUGGUUCCUGGUGUGUUAGCUCUUAUAAUCCAAACCCGCCAAGUUUGAGCACCAAGGCAACUCUAGCACUACUUCGCUCGAAGCAGAGGAAGAACACGGAAACCUACACCAUGGCUCCUAUGUAUCGCCCGGGGACAGGCAAGCUUGUGUCCUCACUUUCAUGGAAACAGAGAUUUGAACAGAUAAAGCCAGAGCUCAUGCAGCUGGAUGUGAGCAAAUAUGAGAAGAAGAUGAAAGGGACUGGAUCUAGGGACAAAGUUAAAGAUGAUGGAGAGAAGGAUGUUUCAUCAAAACAGCCAGAGCCCACCCGCAUCAAGAUUUUUGAAGGAGGGUACAAGUCCAACGAGGACUACGUGUACGUGAGGGGCCGAGGCAGGGGGAAGUAUAUCUGCGAGGAAUGUGGCAUCCGCUGCAAGAAGCCCAGCAUGCUGAAGAAGCACAUCCGCACUCACACCGACGUCCGGCCGUACGUCUGCAAGUUCUGCAACUUCGCCUUUAAGACUAAAGGAAAUUUGACGAAGCACAUGAAGUCGAAGGCCCACAUGAAGAAGUGCCUGGAACUCGGGGUGUCGGUGACAUCCGUGGACGACGGGGAGGCCGAGGAAGCCGACAAUGCCGAGGACAGCCACAGGGAGUCCAGGAAGGCCAGCAUCUCUGAUCUCACCGCAGAGCACCAGUUCUCCGACGCAGACGAUUCGGAUGGGGCGGAGGAAGACGGCGACGAGAUUGACGAGGACGACGAUGAGGAUGACGAAUACGAGGGCGACUCCACACCAAAGACCCGUUCCAGAAGCACAAGCCCCCAGCCCUACGGGACCCCCGCUCUCUCCGUCACCGCCGUCGCGGCCUCACAGGGCACCACCUCGUCCUCCGACUUCCUGGGUCCAUCCUCCAAGCCUCCCCUGUUCAGCUAUUUCGCCACCCUGCCCAGCAUUCAGAUUACGCAGCUGAUGGUGCCCAGCGAGAGAGCUGGCGAGGCCCAGAUGGCAAAGUACCAAAAGUUCCUGCUGGGCGAGGACUACAAGAACCGGCUGGACGUGCCCAGCUCUAUGGAAGAGGAUCCGGGCCUGUCACCGGAACACAGCUCCUCGUCUUUCGAGCUGUCCCCAUCGCGCAUGUCCUCCCCGGGCUGCGACUCCUCCCCACUCAGGGAAUCCUCACCCAUUUCCCGUCGGUACCUGUCCCCCCGGAGGGACCUCUCGCCACGGGGGCGCCUGUCCCUGCGGAGGGACUCCUCCCCUCUGAGGCACAUCUCCCCCAAGAGGGACAUUAUGUUCCGGAGGGACUUGUCGCCACGCAGGGAUCUCUGCCCCAGAGGACACCUCUCGCCCAUCUCUCUGGGGAGACCACUGUCCCCAGGGAAGGACAUUGCGAGUAGGCGAGACCUGUCCCCCAGAAGCCGGCAUCGGGGCAUGAUCAGGCCUGUAUCCCCCCGGAGGGGCCCGCAUCACCACAGCGCCCCCUGGGUCCCAGGGCAGUACUUGCAGUCUGAAAUGGGACAAAGAAACAGAGCCAUGGCUGACAUGGAAACGGAUCAGAGGAAGGGCUCCUCGUCGCACCUCCAUGCCGAAGCCCCCGGUGGCCAGGAGGGCCCCAGCAUGCCCCAGGGCCUCUUCAGCCACCUCCCGCUGCACUCGCAGCAGCAGGUACGGACGCCUUUCUCCAUGAUCCCCAUCGGCGGCAUCCAGAUGGUGCACUCGGUGCCCGCCUCGGUCACGGGCCUGUCCCACGCCACGCGGCUACCGCUGCAGAAGAGCACGUCCGAGGAUUCCAGCCACAGCGAGGUGUCCCUGCACAUACCGGCGGAAGACGCCGGAAAAGGGGCUGAGGAUGCGCCGCGGCUGGCUGAGAAGCCGUCGGCCCGCUCGCCCGGUCCGGCCACCCUGCAAGCCCGGGAGCAGGGCCCAGACACGGCAGAGAAGGACUCGAGACAGGAGGAGAGCAUACAGACUUGCACUAAGGCCAUCGCCUCCCUCUGCAUCGCCUCGGAGGAGUCUGCCGAGAGGCCGGGCGACCCCCUGUGCCCCCACCUCCCGGGUCAAGCCGAAAGGGCGCAGGUCGCGAUCCCACACUACUGCGGCUCAGAGGCCAGGCUGCCGCUGGCCGGGGCCUCCGCCACGCCCCUGGACUCGGGUGCCGAGCUGGGCGGAGCCUCUGUGCUGCAGACCGCUGCCACCGGGCACUCGGCCCCCAGCAACCAAAGUGCCGACGGGAGACCGCUGGGUGCACACGGCCAGAGGGAGUCGCCGUCGAGCAUGGACAGGGGUGCGGAUUCGGGAGGGGAUGCCAUGGAUAACAGGUGAACGAGGGCAGACGGGAGAGCAGGUGGAUUUCAAAGGCAUUCACAGACAUGCACACACACGCGCACAGACACAAGUCUUUAAACAAGCAAAUUUAUUCUGUAGUUUAAAUAUAUGUAUAGCAUGCCUUUUAUAACUUGGUUUGCUAUUUUAACAGUUUUCUUCUUAUUUAAAGUGUCAGAAAUGGGUGUGUAUAAACACACAUACACACAUAUAUGUAAUACACAUGUACAUGUACAUAUAUAAUGAUACAAUGUUAACUUAUCUGUGAGCCUGACCAAAAUCGCUUAUGGACUUAUUUUUGUCCAGUCUGGUACUUUUAAAUGUACAGAUGUGUGUGCCUUUUCUUUACUUUUUGCUUAUAUUCUUAUAAGCAUAUUAAGCAGGAAGACGUGUAAAUAUAUCACAUUUGUGUAUCUGCUUUGUAAUAAAUGUAAUUCCCCUCUUUUUUGGAAACCUGAGUCUGAAUGAUGUGAAGUAUCAAUAUACGUAAGGUUGCACUAAAACAUAUUUUUAUAUGAGUGAAAUUAAAUUGCUUUUGUGUACAGCAGCAAUUCUAUUCUAUUUAUUGUACCAUGUUUCAUAAAUUGUACAUUUUUCGUAAUGUUGUGGAUGCCUUUUCUAUGUCCAGCAUGGGAUUUGCUACUGGCUCAUUAGAACAAAUAUGUAUACUGUAAUACUGCUUUAUAUAUUAGUUAUAUAUGUGUAUACACACAUAUAUAUUAUAUAUAGUAGUACUUGUACAAGUGUGUGUGUGUAGAUAUGUGUAUAUAUACACACACAUACACAGUAUAUAUCUGCACUUAUGCGUUAUAUUGAAAUCUACAUAUGACAGUUUGUUAUAAUGCUUGUAACAUUUUAUCUCCUGUUUGCUAGAUCGGCUACAACUAAUUGCUAGUUGUGAUUUUUACGAAAAGAUAGACCUGUUAAGCAUUAAGUGAACCAACAUAUGCACUUGUGCGUUUUUAUCGUUUUUGUUUUUUCUCCUUCAAGACUAAUCAAAGUAGUCGUAUAAUAUUAAAGGUAUUUGGAUCUUCUGUGAAUCAUGUUGCUUGAAGUACUUGAUUUGUUGAGUAGUGCGGGACACAUUCCAGCCAAUGUAAAUACAGUAUCCAACACCCAUCAAUCAAAUGCAAAAAAAACAGACAUAUUUGUACAUGGAACGGGGUGGCAGGCAUAUGGACAGUCCACUGGCUUUUUUCUAACAAUAGCAAUUACAUAAACAUCAGGCAAUGCACCUUGAGUUUACUAAAUUCUAAGGGUACCGUCAUGUGAUAUUUAGAUUUUUUGGGAAUAGUGUAAUUUGAAAUCCAGAUGGUUUUGAAAGUGGUUCUUUUUCAACACAACUCUAAAUGAACUGGAGUAUUCAGCCAGUGCUCUUGUGUGUGUUUGUAUUUGUACGUGUGUAUAAUCAGUGUCAUUUACGCUUUGGACAUACUGUCACUAGUCCCUGGUAUUCACUUAAGUGUAUUAACAUGUCUUUAAAAUAUAAGGUAUCAAAGCACAAACAACUGUACAGAAACAGACAGACAAACAAACGAAAAAAAAAAAGAAAAACGUUAAACAAAAAAAAGGGUAACUGUGAUGUUCGGUGGAUAAUGAAAUAUGUAAAAUCCAGUUUCAAUUACAGUACAGAUGAAAAAAACGGAUUGUUGUUUUCAAAUAAAUACAAUUACAAUAA